GGGCCUUUUAUGCACUGCGGCUUGCUACAGGGAUACCAAGAUGGAAAUCCAGGGGCUUUCUGAUGCCCAAAACAUUUAUUAUCAACAUGGCGCCCCACGUAGAACAGGCUCGUCUCAGCUUAGGACAACGACACUUUCUCGCUCCAUUUCGAAUGAAGCAGAAGAGAAUUUGGAAUCGCACGAACUACAAAGCGACAACAACAACAAUAGACCGAGGACAUCUCCAUUUCGCCUGCUGGCAGAAAAUGGCAGCGGUGCUUGCCUGCCCGUCUGCAAGCAGAACGGUAAAAAUAAUAGCCCACUUCAAGCCCAAACAGCGAGUGUGGGACUCCGUAACGUGAAUACUUUGAAAGAAAGGGAGCUGAACACACAAUUACAUCCACAAGAUUUUUUGAGAACGGGUUACAAAUAUGAUGUUGAAAGUGGGGAUAGCAUAUUGCAAAUGGCGUUGCCUUUCUUUGAGGGGGAAGAGGAACAUUCGCAGCAACUGCAAACUCCGGUUUUACGGCAGCAACAUGAAGGCGGCGCGUCCCUGUUGCAGUCAUUGGCGAGCGAGAGCACGGCGGCCUAUAGGAGCAACACCACGGUUAGCGCGAAUAAAAACACCGAGGAAUUGUAUGUGGUCUUCAAUAUUGUCCAAGAUGAUGGCAAUGGCACAAAUAAAGACAGACUGGGAAAUCCAUCUAAAGAUGGAGAUACAAUAAGCGGUAAGAAGCUUGAACAUUCCAAAAUCAAUCCAUGUAAUUCGAUGGAGGUUCAAAACACCAAUGCCCUUACUGAAUCAGAUGAGAACUUGAACAAUUUAGCAGCCAGGGCCUUGAAAAUAACUAUUCCUCUGUGUAGUGUCUUAAAUUCAAGUUCAAAUAGUGAGGGUGAUACAACUGUACCGAAUGAGAAACAGUCUGUGUGUUAUGAAACGGAGAAUGAAAACGCUGUUUUAACAAACGAAUAUGGCGAUAACAUAUGCGGCCACCUUGAAAACAUUGGCAAUGGCGCGGCAGACGAAUUACCUUCUCAGCCCGAAGCUAGAGAAAGCAGUGCCUUGAUUUCAGAAAACACCUAUAUCGUGGAAACAGUGGAACUGAGCGACGCUAUGGACACUUCCGACUUAAUUUCCGACGCUGGCACGAGCCUCUCUGCUUCCGCCAAUGCAGAUGGGGCCUCCAACAGUGCCUCUGCCAACGAGACCUUCUCUGGAACCAUCAUGAUAAACAACCAAAGCAUCAUAGUAACCAUAGAAAACGGGAUGCUGACUCUAGCAGCACCUCCAGAGGGUUACACCCACAAAGAUGACGGAAUGGUUGGCUUGAAGGAACACCUUGGAAUGAAAGACCACGAGGACAUAGUGCUUCUCAACUAUGACAGCGGGACCAAAUCCAUUGGGAAAAUCAGCAACGUGGCAGUUAUUCGGACUGGUCACCACGAAGAGCCUAGGCUUGGUAUGUCCGCAAGCGACUCUGAACUGGCUCUGGCUGACCAUUGUUCAUUGUCAGAGUUGGGCACCUCUCUGGACUCGUACCCAGUCAUCAAGCAGGAGAGUGGGUCUCUGAGUGCCAUAAGCGAGGGUGACUUGGUGUCCCUGCGCCCAGAGGGUUCUUUCGUUGACUGUGACGACAAUGACGACUUCCAGCCUGUCGGCUUCAUCGGCUCUUCAGGACUCUCCAAGAAAGGUGCCUUAGUCACGACGUACCGCUGCCCCCAGCCCGACUGCCCCAGCACCUUCGACGCACGCCAAAAGGUCAAGAUGCACCUUCUCAACCACACCGAGGACCAGAGGCCUUUCAAGUGCACCUUUGAGGGCUGCAGCUGGGCCUUCACCACCUCCUACAAGCUCAAACGUCACCUCCAGUCUCACGACAAGGUGCGGCCGCACAAGUGCGAGUGGGAGGGCUGCGGCCGCCGCUUCACCACGGUCUACAACCUGAAGGCACAUGUGAAGCAGCACGACCAAGAAAACUCCUUCGUGUGCGAAAUCUGCAGCGAGCGCUUCCGCAGCGCUACCCGGCUGACCAAUCACCAGCGGGCCCAUUUUGAACCCGAGAGGCCGCACAAGUGUGAGUUUCCAGGUGAGGCAAACAUCUUUUAGUGUGGUUGAAUUUGACUCAUGUUUGUUUGUGUUAAAUCAUUGACCACGUUUCCAUGCACAAUUCAAUCAGAAUAAGGCCAUUUCCAUGUAAAAGGACCCACGAGCACCAACGUGAAGUUCAUUAGAGCACAUCAACUUUGUCAAAUUAAAGCUGAGUCUGUAUUUGUGAGAAAUUAAGCCAUAUAUACAUUUUCCAUCCUAAAAUUAGGAAUAAGGAAAGGCUUUGACGUCUGGUCAAACAGAUGGAAAAGGGGUCUUAGAAAACAUUUACCAGACAUUCUUAAGGUAUUAGAAAUGCAUCAAAACACAAUGUUGAAGUUAAGACCGUUGCCAACUAAUAUCAACAUUUAUAUUUAAUUUGGUCAGUCCAAAUCUGAACCAAUCGUAGACGUCUUUGUUUCACAAGAUUGGACAGCACAUUACGCUACAGUAGAGUUUAGUACUGUACUGUAGAGCACACUAGAGUACAGUAUAUUUUAUAUUUACUGUAUUGUGCUAAACUCGACUGUAGUCUACUCUGCUGUUCUGUACUCUGCUGUGAUGUCCAAACUUGUGAAACAUAGACGUCUAUGAUUGUUUCAGAUUUGGUCCAGUCCAUACAAACCCAUGAUGUCAUUCUGUUAUCCGGUGUUAAUCCACUUAAUUUACUUGAGUUCAAUAACCAGAAUAUAUCAAAGCUGACACACACAUUCUUAAUGCAGACAUCUUUGAGUCUUCAUUCAGUGAACGUUUUUGGAAAACUGUUACGAAACUUAACAUCUGCACUGUUCUUAAAGAAUGUGUUUUUGUAAUAUUUUCAGUGAAAAUGUUUGAAAUUAGUCCUUGUGCAAUUAGUUGUGUAUGGUUUCUUGAACUUUGCAAUCAAUAGUUUUUGUUUGGCAUACAAUUUAAAGUGAAAUAUCGUAGUCUCCGCGUCAUUCUGUUACCAUUGGAAUUGCCCAUGAAAUAGUUGUUCAGGUGAAAUUAAUGUUCAGAAUGAAGUUUCAAUGUCACAUGCACAAGUACAGUGAAAUGCCUUUUGAGUUUACAAGAAAGGCGUUUCACUGUACUUGUGCAUGUGACAUUGAAACUUCAUUCUGAACAUUAAUUCCUGUUUUAUAUGCACGUGUAUUCAUAUAUAUUGUCAUUGCCUUUCAUUGUCACAGAAGUAACUUUUUAUGUGCCUGUGUAUUUAACCCUUGCCUGUGUGUCUCUCUCCUCAGGCUGUGAGAAGACCUUCAUCACCUACAGUGCCCUGUUCUCCCACAACCGCACACACUUCCGCGAGACGGGCCAGUUCAUCUGCACCUAUCCAGGCUGCGACAAGUUCUACGAUAAGGCCUGCCGCCUCAAGAUCCACAUGCGCAGCCACACAGGUACUUCAUAGUGAUUGAUAUGUGUUUAUAUAGCCUUAUCUCUUUUAAAAGGUCUCAGUGCACUUUACAUUUUAAUGAGUAGCAUCCACCUGAAAUGUUAUCAUACUUUGCUGCUGGAACAGCCUUCACUCUUCUGGGAAGGCUUUCCACUAGAUGUUGGAACAUUGCUGCAGGGACUUGCUUCCAUUCAGCCACAAGAGGCUUAGUGAGGUCGGGCACUGCUGUUGGGCGACUAGGCCUGGCUCGCAGUCGGCGUUCCAAUUCAUCCCAAAGGUGCUCAAUGGGGUGGAUGUCAGGGCUCUGUGCAGGCCAGUCAAGUUCUUCCACACCGAUCUCGACAAACCAUUUCUGUAUGGAUGUCGCUUUGUGCAUGGGGGCAUUGUCAUGCUGAAACAGGAAAGGGGCUUCCCCAAACUGUUGCCACAAAGUUGGAAGCACAGAAUAGUCUAGAAAGUCAUUGUAUGCUAUAGCAUUGAUUUCCCUUCACUGGAACUAAGGGGCCUAGCCCGAACCAUGAAAAACAGCCCCAGACCAUUAUUCCUCCUCCACCAAACUUUACAGUUGGCACUAUGCAUUGGGGCAGGUAGCGUUCUCCUGGCAUCCGCAAAACCCAGAUUCAUCCGUCGGACUGCCAGAUGGUGAAGCGUGAUUCAUCACUCCAGAGAACACGUUUCCACUGCUCCAGAGUCCAAUGACGGCGAGCUUUACACCACUCCAGCCGACGCUUCGCAUUGCGCAUGGUGAUCUUAGGCUUGUGUGCGGCUGCUCGGCCAUGGAAACCCAUUUCAUGAAGCUCCCGACGAACAGUUCUUGUGCUGACGUUGAUUACAGUGGCAGUUUGGAACUCGGUAGUGAGUGUUUCAAACGAGAACAGACGAUUUUUACGCGCUUCAGCACUCGGCGGUCCCGUUCUGUGAGCUUGUGUGGCCUACCACUUCGCAGCUGAGCCAUUGUUGCUCCUAGACGUUUCCACUUCACAAUAACAGCACUUAAAGUUGACCGGGGCAGCUCUAGCAGGGCAUACGUUUUACCAACUGACUUGUUACAAAGGUGGCAUCCUAUGACGGUGCCACGUUGAAAGUCACUGAGCUCUUCAGUGACUUUCAACGUAUAUAUUUGUCUAUGGAGAUUGCAUGGUUGUCUGCACAAAUGUAUACACCUGUCAGCAACGGGUGUGGCUGAAAUAACCUAAUCCACUAAUUUGAAGGGGUGUCCACAUACUUUUGUAUAUAUAGUGUAUAUUCUACUGCACUGUUGGAGCUAGUAACAUAAGCAUUUCUCUGCACCUGCUAUAACACCUGCGAAUCUGUGUACAUGACCAAUACACUUUGAUAUGAUAUUGAUAUCAAAACAGACACAAAUUCAUAUUAUGUUGUCUGUGUUUCACCAGUAGUAUAGUUGCUCAGGCCUAGGCUAAGUCUCCCUUUCGGUUUCAGGUGAGAGGCCAUUCAUCUGCGACUCAGAGGCCUGUGGCUGGUCCUUCACCAGCAUGUCCAAGUUACUGAGGCACAAAAGGUAACUUAACGCUGUCCCUCACUCAACUGUCCAUCCCUCAGUUGUUUAGGUAUUGUGAUGGUGUGCGGCCUCUGUUCUAGUUUAGAGCCUCUCCUAACUGUCCUAUCCAAUUGUCACUCCUGUGUGAAAGUGUUGGAUUUAUAGUUCAGUGUCAGACUCUUCCCUAAUUGAUAAUACAGUAAUAAUAAUAUGGUCAUUUAUCAGACGCUUUUAUCCAAAGCAUCUUGCCAUUACAAAACUCAUCUCGUUUUAUGUGUUCCUUUCUGAAAUGCCAGCAAACCCAUAGCUCAAUCUCCCUUAGCCAUAGGAGUAAGCAUUUCAUUAUAUUUGUAUACAUAUGACAAAUACAUUUAACCUUGAACCACAUUGACCCCACCCUCUGCUGUUUCAGGAAGCACGACGACGACAGGCGCUUCACCUGCCCAGAGGAGGGCUGUGGCAAGUCCUUCACCCGGGCAGAGCACCUCAAGGGCCACAGCAUCACCCACCUGGGCACCAAGCCCUUUGAGUGCCACGUAGACGGUAGGUGUCAUCAUGAGCUGUUCUAGGAUCAGCGUUUGCCAUAGUGAAUAAGAUUAGCCGACAUGGACAUGGACAGGGGAGGCCUGAUCCUAGGUCAUCACUCCUAUGGUCUAUUCUGAGACGCUUUGUUCUCUUACCGUUGGCCUCGUCCUUUUAUCCAUUUAUGGUUAAUCGAAACAUUAAUUUCCCCUUUUUUAAAGUAUUUUUGGACUGAACCACUUUUGGUUUAUAGUUGGAUAUGCUCUGCUCUCUAAAGGGCCUCUGCUAAAUGUGUCUUCUUACGUGUGUGUGCCUGUGUAGGAUGCAGUGCCAAGUUCUCAGCACGGAGCAGCCUGUAUAUCCAUUCGAAGAAGCACAAGCAGGACGCGGGCAGCCUGAGGAUGCGUUGCCCAGUGGCCAGCUGCAGCAAGCACUUCUCCUCCCGCAGUAGCCUCAAGAGCCACAUGCUCAAACACCACCACCUCAGCCCCGGUACGGAUCACACACACACUCUGUUCCUCAAGAAACACAUGCUCAAACACCACCACCUCAGCCCCGGUACGGAUCACACACACACUCUGUUCCUCAAGAAACACAUGCUCAAAACACACGGACUGCCUGUGUAAUGACUGUGUGUCUUUCCUCCUAUCAGACGUGCUAAGCCAGCUGGAGGCCACACCCACUCUGACCCCCAGCAGCGAGCUGGUCAGCGGCGCCACCGCCACGGGAACUAGUUCGGGGGUCACCGGAAGCGACCAGCUUGCCAACUUGGAUCUCAGCUCCCUGUUCUCUGCUGUGCUUGGGGGUCCCGCGCCCACCACCCAUGCGGGUCGGGGUGCCUGUGGGCAGCACAAGGCAAGCAGGCUCCUUCGCCAUGGACCUGUCCCUGGUCAGCUCGGGCAUCCUCACCAUCGACCCAGCUUCUGUUGGCACCGCCCUGGCCACGUCCAGGCACGGCGCUACCCUGGCCAAAGCCUCCAUGGACCCGCUCAUCCUAGCGGCAGGGGCGGACAUGGGCCACCUGGAGGGGACGGUCGAGGGAGUCCUCCCCCCGCAGGGCACACUCAACCUGGACGACGUGCAGACGGUCACCCCCGAGGCCCUCAGCUCCCUCACAGCCCUCACCAUGCAGGCCGCCACAUCCACCGUGGACCACCGUACACUCACCCCUCAGUUCCUCCAGCACGCUGGCUGCCGAGUCCCUCACCCUUGGCUGUGCUCCCUGGGACCAAGCUCCUCUCGUCCCCCUCUAAGGUGGCUGAGGCUGGAGGGAGCAGGGGUGGCAGCGGGCCUCUCUUGGGCUGUGUGGAGGUGCUGGGGCAGCAGGAGGGGGGCAAGGUGCUGACCCAGUUUGUGUUCCCUGGCCAUGGCGGCUGCACGUUCGGCCCACAGAAAGAGCCUGAGCUCAGCCACAGCUCAGCAGUCUCGCCCUGCUCCUUCCUGGUGAGUGGCUAACUAACGAACGCUUUGGUUACAGCAUUGAAGAAUGAAAUUCAAAUAACUGUAUUUUCCCUAUGAGGGAACUUCUGGUGUGGAAUGGUUCAUAAAACACCUAAGACCUAAGCAUAUACUUAAUAAUAAUCAGAGAGCAGGAUUUUCUUUAAGUACAGACACACUAGUAUACUCUCAUUGGAAGUUGCCCUUAAUAACCACAGAUCUAGGGUCAGAUCUCCCUACCCCAAAUCCUCCAUUUGACAUCAAUCCAUUCAGUUGAGAUAAGAUGUAAUUGUUAUAUGUCCUCGUUUCUAGACAUGUUCUGAGUCACGGCAGUUGUCUCAUGUGUCCCUUUUCCCGUCUGUCUUGUAGGAAAGUAGUGGCUCAGCGCGCACCGACUACAGAGCCAUCCAGCUGGCCAAGAAGAGGAAACAGAGAGGCCCCACCGCCUGCUCAGGUAAUUUAUAGCACACACUCUACUCACAACGGGGCUCAUUUUUAUUCAUAGACUUCAAAAAAGAGCAUCAUAGAAACUUCUCAUAUGAUUGUGCUCCUGUUUUAUCUGUCGUAAAAAAAAGAGCACCAAAAGAGCAUAAUUAAAGAUACGUUACUAGUCUCAUAUGUUUUAGCUGCUAGUGGUAAUAGUUUUAACUAUUUCAUACUUUCUUGUUACAGGGAGCUCAGGAUUGGGUCAGAGGAAGAGUAAAGGUUGGAAGGCCAGCAGUACCUCAACGCCAUUGGUUCCCACAAGCGCCCGUUUUGGUGAAGGUUCUGCAGCAGCCAAUGGGGGGCUGACUAUCCGUGACCCUGUCACCGGGGCCCAGUAUGUGCAGAUCCAACUCUUGCAGGUGAGAAGGUUCUCCUACUAGGACAUUUGGAAUGCUGUCAUAUAUACAGUUGAAGUCUGAUAUUUACAGGUUGGAGUCAUUAAAACUACUUUUUCAACCACUCCACAAAUGUAUUGUUAACAAACUAUAGUUUUGGCAAAUCUGUUAGGACAUCUACAAGUAAUUUUUCCAACAAUUGUUUACAGACAGAUUAUUUCACUUAUAAUUCACUGUAUCACAAUUCCAGUGGGUCAGAAGUUUACAUUAAGUUGACUGUGCCUUUUAAACAGCUUGGAAAAUUCCAGAAAAUGAUGUCAUGGCUUUAGAAGCUUCUGAUAGGCUAAUUUACAUCAUUUGAGUCAAUUGGAGGUGUACCUGUGGAUUUAUUUCAAGGCCUACCUUCAAACUCAGUGCCUCUUUGCUUGACAUCGUGGGAAAAUCAAAAUAAAUCAGCCAAGACCUCAAAAAAAAUUGUAGACCUCCACAAGUGUGGUUCAUCCUUGGGAGCAAUUUCCAAACGCCUGAAGGUACCACGUUCAUCUGUACAAACAAUAUUCCGAAAGUAUAAACACCAUGGGACCACGCAGCCGUCAUACCGCUCAGGAGAGGAGACGCGUUCUGUCUUGUAGAGAUGAACGUACUUUGGUGCGAAAAGUGCAAAUCAAUCCCAGAACGACAGCAAAGGACCUUGUGAAGAUGCUGGAGGAAACAGGUACAAAAUUAUCUAUAUCCACAGUAAAACUAGUCCUGCCCACAAAUGUUCUAUAGGAUUGAGGUCAGGGCUUUGUGAUGGCCACUCCAAUACCUUGACCUUGUUGUCCUUAAGCCAUUUUGCCACAACUUUGGAAGUAUGCUUGGGGUCAUUGUCCAAUUGGAAGUCCCAUUUGCGACAAGCUUUAACUUCCUGACUGAUGUCUUGAUAUGUUGCUUCAAUAUAUCCACGUAAUCUUCCUUCCUCAUGAUGCCAUCUAUUUUGUGAAGUGCACCAGUCCCUCGUGCAGCAAAGCACCUCCACAGCAUGAUGCUGCCACCCCCGUGCUUCAUGGUUGGGAUGGUGUUCUUUGGCUUGCAAGCUACCCCCUUUUUCCUCCAAACAUAACGAUGGUCAUUAUGGCCAAACAGUUCUAUUUUUGUUUAAUCAGACCAGAGGACAUUUCUCCAAAAAGUACCAAUCUUUGUCCCCAUGUGCAGUUGCAAACCGUAGUCUGGUUUUUUUAUGGCGGUUUUGGAGCAGUGCCUUCUUCCUUGCUGAGCGGCCUUUCAGGUUAUGUCGAUAUAGGACUCGUUUUACUGUGGAUAUAGAUACUUUUGUACCUGUUUACUCCAGCAUCUUCACAAGGUCCUUUGCUGUUCUGGGAUUGAUUUGCACUUUUCGCACCAAAGUACGUUCAUCUCUAGGAGACAGAACGCGUCUCCUUCCUGAGCGGUAUGACGGCUGCGUGGUCCCAUGGUGUUUAUACUUGCGUACUAUUGUUUGUACAGAUGAACGUGGUACCUUCAGGCGUUUGGAAAUUGCUCCCAAGGAUGAACCACACUUGUGGAGGUCUACCAUUUUUUUUCUGAGGUCUUUGCUGAUUUCUUUGGAUUUUCCCUUAAUGUCAAGCAAAGAGGCACAGAGUUUGAAGGUAGGCCUUGAAAUAAAUCCACAGGUACACCUCCAAUUGACUCAAAUGAUGUCAAUUAGCCUAUCAGAAGCUUCUAAAGCCAUGACAUCAUUUUCUGGAAUUUUCCAAGCUGUUUAAAGGCACAGUCAACUUAAUGUAAACUUCUGACCCACUGGAUUUUGAUACAUUGAAUUAUAAGGGAAAUAAUCUGUUUGUAAACAAUUGUUGGAAAAAUGACUUGUGUCAUGCACAAAGUAGAUGUCCUAACCGACUUGCCAAAACUAUAGUUUGUUAACAAUAAAUUUGUGGAGUGGUUGAAAAAGUAGUUAUAAUGACUCCAACCUAAGUGUAUGUAAACUUCCGACUUCAACUGUGUGUGUGUGUGUGUAUAUAUAUAUAUAUAUAUAUAUAUAUAUAUAUAUAUAUAUAUAUAUAUAUAUAUACACACACACAUACAUACAGUAUCUCACAAAAGUGAGUACACCCCUCACAUUUUUGUAAAUAUUUGAGUAUAUCUUUUCAUGUGACAACACUGAAGAAAUGACACUGCUACAAUGUAAAGUAGUGAGUGUACAGCUUGUAUAACAGUGUAAAUUUGCUGUCCCCUCAAAAUAACUCACACAGCCAUUUAAUGUCUAAACCGCUGGCAACAAAAGUGAGUACAUCCCUAAGUGAAAAUGUCCAAAUUGGGCCCAAUUAGCCAUUUUCCCUCCCCGGUGUCAUGUGACUCGUUAGUGUUGCAAGGUCUCAGGUGUGAAUGGGGAGCAGGUGUGUUAAAUUUGGUGUCAUCGCUCUCACACUCCCUCAUACUGGUCACUGGAAGUUCAACAUGGCACCUCAUGGCAAAGAACUCUCUGAGGAUCUGAAAAAGAGAAUUAUUGCUCUACAUAAAGAUGGCCUGGGCUAUAAGAAGAUUGCCAAGACCCUGAAACUGAGCCGCAGCACGGUGGCCAAGACCAUACAGCGGUUUAACAGGACAGGUUCCACUCAGAACAGGCCUCGCCAUGGUCGACCAAAGAAGUUGAGUGCACCUGCUCAGCGUCAUAUCCAGAGGUUGUCUUAGGGAAAUAGACGUAUGAGUGCAAGGUCUCUAACAUCCACCAGCUCCGUGAUGUCGUCAUGGAGGAGAGGAAGAGGACUCCAGUGGCAACCUGUGAAGCCAAGAGGGUUAAGGCAGUGCUGGAAAAUGAUGGUGGCCACACAAAAUAUUGACACUUUGGGCCCAAUUUGGACAUUUUCACUUAGGGGUGUACUCACUUUUGUUGCCAGCGGUUUAGACAUUAAUGGCUGUGUGAGUUAUUUUGAGGGGACAGCAAAUUUACACUGUUAUACAAGCUGUACACUCACUACUUUAUAUUGUAGCAAAGUGUCAUUUCUUCGGUGUUGUCACUGAUGUGAGGGGUGUACUCACUUUUGUGAGAUAUAUAUAUAUAUAGCACAGAGAAGAAUGCUAAAGAGGAAGGCAUGUAUUACAGACCAAAAUAAAAUGAGUGUGUGUCCAUGCAUGACCAUUGGAAUGUUUGAAUCCUUUUUAAUGUGAUUUGUGGAUUCAAAUGAAGUAUUUAAACUGUGUGUCAGGAUGACCCGGCCAGCGACGGGGACCUAGCCUUCCAGCUGAGCUCCCAGCCCUCCAGCUCCCACUCCCAACUCACCGUGGACCUGCCCGUCAACAUCCUACAGGUGGGCUUUUUUUGUGCAUAGAAAUAUAAUGAAUAAUAACAAUACAGUUUAUUUGUAACUCGCUUUUCAAAAAGCCCAAAAUGCCGAUGAGGAACCAAAUUGUCGUGGUCUGAGGCAAUGUGCCCUCUAAGCUGCGCGCGCGGCCGCACACUUCCUACGGGACUGCCACGCAGAAGAAAUGCCAUGCAAGAGAUUGAACUUCACCGAGUUCGCCGCAUUAGUUUGCACUAUAUAGAUCAAAGUAUUUUCUGUGAUCGAAUCAACAUUAUAUCAGCCCCUUUUCAAUGCAACGUUUGCAAGAUUGAGUGUGAUUUUGUUGUAGGCAGGGCCAGGCUGCAACGGAGUAGAAUUCUAUUGGCGGUGGUAGCCCAUAAGUGGUCUUUCCAUCACCCAUGAGUGAAUGUGCUUUUCAGAUCCGAGCGCGAAGCCGUGCGUGUGCAUAUUUGUUGAUAUUCUUUGCUAGUUAGCGAGUUAUUAGCCCAGUUACAGAUAAGGAUAGGUCAGCAAUGGAGAGUUGCUGUUUCCUGGAAGAGCACAAAACAUGUAGGCUACAUUUCAAGCUGUCUUUGAAAAGCCAGACAGGUAAAAAGCUUAUGUCUUAAUUAAAGGGGCAGUGUUGUAUUUUGACAGGCUUGAAUAUGCAAAUAAGCUAAUAGGCAGAGGGGUAGCCUACAUUGUGUAAUUCUCUGUAUGGUAAUAAUAAUUAAUUUUAUGUAUGUGGACACCUGCUCAUCCAACAUCUCAUUCUAAAAUCAUGGGCAUUAAUCUGGAAUUGGUCCCCCUCCCACUUUACUGCUAUUACAGCCUCCACUCUUCUGGAAGGGCUUUCCACUAGAUGUUGGAACAUUGCUGUGGGGACUUGCUUCCAUUCAGCCAUAAGCGCAUUCGUGAGGUCGGGCACUGAUUUGGGCGAUUAGGCCUGGCUUGCAGUCGGCGUUCCAAUUCAUCCCAAAGGUGUUCGAUGGGGUUAAGGUCAGGGCUCUGUGCAGGCCAGUCAAGUUCUUCCACACCGAUCUCGACAAACCAUUUCUGGUUAGUCUAGAAUGCCAUUGUAUGCUGUAGCGUUAAGAUUUCCCUUCACUUAAACUAAGGGGCCUAGGCUGAACCAAGAAAAACAGCCCCACACCAUUAUUCCUCCUUGUGCUGAUGUUGCUUCCAGAGACAGUGAGUGUUGCAACAGAGGACAGACGAUUUUUACUCUCUUAAGCACUUGUGUGGCCUACCACUUCGCGGCUGAGCCGUUGUUGCUCCUAGACGUUUCCACUUCAUAAUAACUGCGACCGGAGCAGCUCUAGCAGGGCAGAAAUUUGAUGAACUGACUUGUUGGAAAGGUGGCAUCCUAUUGGAAAGGUACCACCUUGGAAGUCACUGAGCUCUUCAGUAAGGCCCUUCCACUGCCAAUGUUUGUCUAUGGAGAUUGCAUGGCUGUGUGCUCGAUUUUAUACACCUGUCAGCAAUGGGUGUGGCUGAAAUAGCUAAAUCCACCAAUUUGAAUUGGUGUCCACAUGCAUAUCUGUAUUCCCAGUAAUGUGAAAUCCAUAGAUUAGGGCCUAAUGAAUUUGUUGAUCUGAUGUGUGUGUUAUGAGGAACAUCCGGACACUGUACUUUAAGCAUUUAUGAAACUGCUUCUUCCGGUUACUGAUAGGCAUGCGCCCAUCAAGAAACUGACUGUAAGAACUGCCAAAUCCCCAUGGAUAGAUGAUUUAAUUGAAAAACUGUAUGGCUGAGAGGGAUGAGGCAAAGGAAAUAGCAAAUAAGUCUGACAACACAGCAGACUGGCAAACAUACAGUAAAUUCAGAAAUCACGUAACUAAACAAAAAAGCUGAAAUUACACAAUGAAACAAAGAUAAGUGAUAUAAAGAUUGAUAGUAAAAAGCGCUGGAGUACUUUACAUUAAAUUCUAGGCAAAAAAGCAAACUGCUCCAUCCUUCAUUGAGGCAGAUUGCUAGUUCAUAACAAAAACCUUUGCUGUUGCCAACCACUUUAAUACCUUUUUUGUUGACAAUAUUAGCAAACUUAGGUAUGACAUGCAAACAACAAAUGCUGAGCCUUCAUAUUCAUGCAUAAUGGACCAAAUAAUGAAAGACAAGCAUUUUAGUUUUGAGUUUCACAAAGUGGGUGUGGAAGAGGUGAUAUUUUGGGGGAGCUAUUUAUAAAUUCGGACAAACCACCUGGUACCAACAACAUGGAUGGUAAAUUGCUCAGGUUGGUAGCGGAAUAGGUUGUGACUCUUGUUUGCCACAUCUUCAAUUUAAGCCUAGAAGACGGUGUGUGCCCUCAGACAUGGUGAGAGGCAAAGGUCAUUCCGCUACCUAAGAAUAGCAGAGCACCCUUUUAAUGGUCCAAACAGCCGACCAAUCAGCCAGUUACAAGUGCUUAGCAAACUUGUGGAAUUUUUUGUUGUUGAUCAAAUACAAAGUUAUUUUACAGAAAACAGACUUUCAGCAUGCUUAUAGGGAAGGGCACUCAACAUGCUCGGCACUGAUAAUUGGCUGAAAGAAAUUGAUUGUGGGAGCUGUUUUGUUAGACUUCAGUGCAGCUUUUGAUGUCAUUGAUCAUAACCUAUUGCUGAAAAAACGUAGGUGUUAUGGAUUUGCAUCCUCUGCCUUAUUAUGGAUUGAGAAUUACCUAUCUAGUAGAACACAGGGUUUUCGUUAAUCGAAGCUUCUCAUGCUAAUUCAGUUGAGUGUGGUGUACCGCAGGGCAGCCGGCUAGGGCCAUUUAUUGUUUUCUAUUUUUACAAAUUCACUGACCUUGAAUAAAGCCUGUGUGUAUGUAUGUACGCAGACAACUCAACAGUAGACACGUCGGCUGCAACAGUAAGACACGGACACUUAACACAGUCAGUUUUAGAAUGGGUAACUAGCUAUAGGCCGGUGCUAAAUAUCUCAAAAACUAAAAGCAUAAUUUUUGGGACAAAUCACUCACUCAACGCUAAACCUUGUUUAGAUCUAUUAUUUAAUAAUGUGGCUAUUGAGCAAGUUGAGGAGAUUAAACUGCUGGGUGUAACCCUAGAUGGCAAGCUGUCAUGGUCAAAACAUAUAGACUCAAUGGUUGCUAAAAUGGGAAAAGGUCUGUCCACGAUAGGGCGUUGCUCUGCCUUGACAUCUCAGUCGACCAGACAGGUCCUACAGGCCUAGUUUUGUCGCACCUGGACUACUGCCCAGCUGGGUGGUCAUGUGUGGCAAUUAAGAUAUACGCGGAGGGAAAGUGUCAGUAACAUGCAUGUCAGUCUAUCCUGGCUCAAAGUUGAGAGAUUGACUGCAUCACUAUUGGUCUUUGUGCAAGGUAUUGAUGUGUUGAACGUACCGAACUGUCUAUGCAAGCAGUUGCCUCACAGUUCGGACACUCAUCGGUACCACACAAGACAUGCAACCAGAGGUCUCUUCACAGUCCCCAGGUCCAGAACAGAGGCUGGGAAAAGCACAGUAUUAAAUAGAGCCAUGACUACAUGAAACUCUCUGCCACCCCAGGUAACUCAAGCUAGCAAUAAAAACAUUUUAAAAACACAGAUAAAAGAAUACCGCAAAAAUGGAAAAGGAAAUUGGAAGGGGGAGAAGGUAAGGAACUUGUCUGUCGGCCUUGCAUUAAAUAAUAUAAUUGGUUAAAGAAAAUUGUGAUAAAUAAAAAAGUAUACCAGUUUCAUUUAAGGACCAAAGGAUUGACUGCCGUCGCAUAUAGAUUGCGAAAUAGUUGGGAAGAGAUUUUUGACGUACCGAUUCCAUGGCAUAGUGUUUAUGAACUGAUACGCUAAACGACGCCGGAUUCAAAACUUAGAAUUUUUGCUAUCAAUAUAAUGUUAUUUAUAUGGGGAUACAAUCUUCCCAGCUCUGCAGAUUUUGCUGCGGAGAGACAGAAUCAUUAGAUCAUUUGUUUAGGUACUGUCCAUUUGUAGCUUGUUUUUGGACACAGGUCCAGGAAUAACUAAAGGAUUACAAUAUUUACCUGGAGCUAACCCUGCAGAUAGCAUUACUGGGUGAUCUGAAAAGUCAUAGUCAAUCGAUCAAUAGUAUAAUACUUUUAGCAAAAAUGUUUAUUUUCAAUUUACAAUCUGUAGAAACAAUGAGAAUAGAAAGGUUCAGAACUUUUGUAAAACAUCACAGUACAGUUGAAAGAUAUGGCAAAUAGAAAUCCAAUAUGGAUGGUGUUAAGAGAUAGAUGGAAGGUGCUGAAGGAUGGGACUAAUAACCACUAAUAACAACAAAACUAAUAAUGUAAGCAUACUGUGUCCAUAAUAAGUAGAUAGGUUAUAGGUUGAGCGCUUUUGUGAAAGAGCACAGUUAGGAAAAUAUGGCAUAUAGAAGCAAACCAGAUGGACAUCAUGAAAAUGAGGAAGUUCAGGAGUAAAAACAAACAAAAUAUAAUUAUUGUAGAAUUUGACUGUGUCCAUAAAAUAUAUAUAGUAUGCAUGGGCUGGAAGUAGAGGCCUAAGCGUUGUUGUUCACUAGUUUACUCCAAUUGGGGAAGGGGUGGUGGGGUUGGAAAGUAAUGAAGGGAAAUAUAAUUUUUAAAAAGAGUAUAUAUAUAUAUAUAUAUAUAUAUAUAUAUAUAUAUACAUACAUACAUACAUACAUACAUACAGUGGGGGGGAAAAGUAUUUAGUCAGCCACCAAUUGUGCAAGUUCUCCCACUUAAAAAGAUGAGAGGCCUGUUAUUUUCACCAAGGCCACUCCAGGACCUUGAAAUGCUUCUUACGAAGCCACUCCUUCGUUUCCCGGGCGGUGUGUUUGGAAUCAUUGUCAUGCUGAAAGACCCAGCCACGUUUCAUCUUCAAUGCCCUUGCUGAUGGAAGGAGGUUUUCACUCAAAAUCUCACGAUACAUGGCCCCAUUCAUUCUUUCCUUUACACGGAUCAGUCGUCCUGGUCCCUUUGCAGAAAAACAGCCCCAAAGCAUGAUGUUUCCACCCCCAUGCUUCACAGUAGGUAUGAUGUUCUUUGGAUGCAACUCAGCAUUCUUUGUCCUCCAGACAUGACGAGUUGAGUCUUUACCAAAAAGUUAUAUUUUGGUUUCAUCUGACCAUAUGACAUUCUCCCAAUCCUCUUCUGGAUCAUCCAAAUGCACUCUAGCAAACUUCAGACGGGCCUGGACAUGUACUGGCUUAAGCAGGGGGACACGUCUGGCACUGCAGGAUUUGAGUCCCUGGCGGCGUAGUGUGUUACUGAUGGUAGGCUUUGUUACUUUGGUCCCAGCUCUCUGCAGGUCAUUCCCUAGGUCCCCCCAUGUGGUUCUGGGAUUUUUGCUCACUUGUGAUCAUUUUGACCCCACGGGGUGAGAUCUUGCGUGGAGCCCCAGAUCGAGGGAGAUUAUCAGUGGUCUUGUAUGUCUUCCUUUUCCUAAUAAUUGCUCCCACAGUUGAUUUCUUCAAAACAAGCUGCUUACCUAUUGCAGAUUCAGUCUUCCCAGCCUGGUGCAGGUCUACAAUUUUGUUUCUGGUGUCCUUUGACAGCUCUUUGGUCUUGGCCAUAGUGGAGUUUGGAGUGUGACUGUUUGAGGUUGUGGACAGGUAUCUUUUUAUACUGAUAACAAGUUCAAACCGGUGCCAUUAAUACAGGUAACGAGUGGAGGACAGAGGAGCCUCUUAAAGAAGAGGUUACAGGUCUGUGAGAGCCAGAAAUCUUGCUUGUUUGUAGGUGACCAAAUACUUAUUUUCCACCAUAAUUUGCAAAUAAAUUCAUAAAAAAUCCUACAAUGUGAUUUUCUGGAUUUUUUCUUCUAAUUUUGUCUGUCAUAGUUGACGUGGACCUAUGAUGACAAUUGGUGGCUGACUAAAUACUUUUUUCCCCCACUGUGUGUGUGUGUGUAUGUAUGUAUGUAUGUAUAUAUAUAUAUAUAUAUAUAUAUAUAUAUAUAUAUAUAUAUAUAUAUAUAUAUAUAUAUAUAUAUAUAUAUAUAUAUAUAUAUAUAUGAGGGAAAAAAACAUGGGAUUGGAAGUGAUGCAGACAAUUACAUUGAUGGAAGUUACAAUCUAUCUGAGAUAUUAAAGCUGAUCUACCCCCUAAAAAAACUGAUAAAAGAACACCUUAGUGCACAAAGGGGACUGUGAAGAGACACACAGCCAUUUUACAUAUCUUGUAUUGUAAUUUGCACUGUACUAUGUAUUAGACCUAUAUGUUGUGUGUAUGUACUGAUAUGUAGGCUGUGAGAAGUUUUAAAUGUAUGUAUUUCAGUCCUUGACUAAUAAUAUUCUGUACUAUGUUUCAUGUGGACCCCAUUAAGAGUAGCUGAUCCUUUUAGAGCGGCUAAUGGGGAUCCUAAUAAAUCCCCCAAAAGUUUAAACUAAAGGAAUUUGAAUGUCAGUGAUUGAGGUUUGUUUAUACUUUAGUUAACAUAGAAGUAAAGGAGUCAUUUAUUUCUGCCUUUCCUCAGGAACCUCCUGCUCUGACAGAGGACGACAAUGGCUCGGACAACUCCCAGUUCACAGGAAGCACCAUCAACCUGCAGGACCUGGAGUGAGGAGUAGGAGGGAGGAGAGGGUCAGCCCAGAGCCAGGGGUCAAGGUCCUCUGAGGAGGAAGAGGGCUAGUGGGGCUCUAGAGAAUAGGGUGGAUAAUUAGGAUGCAGCGUCUAACACUGUCCACAAGACAUCCACCGUCCCCUGCCAAAUCAACAGAGAAAACAACAUCACACUCCAACAAUAUUAUGAGACCAUGUUAAAACAACAUCUUUCCCUACAAGAAGCUUGUUUCUUAAUAUUUUCUACAUUCAAUGUUUCUGGUUAUCUCUUGUGGGGGGAAAUGAGAGAUGAGAAAGUUCUGUACAUCUGGGGUAUGGAUGAAGUGGAACCCAGAACCAAAUGCACCUUGGGAUGAAUUUAAUGAUAAAUUAAAGGAAAGUUACGCUUGGGGACUUUUUUCUCUCUCCCUUUAUACUGUAUUUCAGAAAUCCCUUUGUACCACAACCAUGAUUGUGAUAGACUGUUGUAUUAUUGCACAUCCAGUAGGUGUCUCUUGUCAAACUGUGACGUCUUGUCAGUCUCAGCUACAGUGCCAUAUUCUAGCCACUCGUACGCAGUGUACUGUUGUCAGAGCUUCUGUCUACAGGUCUUAUAGACAUGACUUUACUCACAGAACCAUUGAGCAUACGAUUUCCGUUUGUUAGACUUUUGUUUUGUUUUAACUUUUCUGGGGGGUGGGGGUAGAUUUAUUUUUCUACGGCUGUGUCUUAUAUGAACUACGGAGGAAUGAGACACGUGAGCGGUCCGUGUUGAAAACAUGUUGCCGGUC